CCAUCCUUGACAUGUUCUAUAAAUGCCUGUCUUGAGUUCUUGUAGAUAAUUAAGUAGCAAAAAAGAGAAUUUGAUUCAAAAUUUUAGACUAACUAAUAUGGCAGCUACCAUAGUGGUUCUUGCCCUUGCCCUUGUGAUUUUUCCCAUAUCUUCUCCUGUGGAUGCACUGAGCUUAAGCUACUAUGACUACGCCUGCCCUCAGCUUGAGUCCACCGUUGCUAAUGCUGUCAAGAAAUCCAUGAUGAAUGAUAAAACAGUUCCAGCUGCACUGCUUCGGAUGCAUUUCCAUGAUUGUUUUAUUAGAGGUUGUGAUGGUUCUGUGCUCCUGGAAUCAGAAGGCAAGAACAAGGCAGAGAAAGAUGGGCCUCCUAACAUUUCAUUGCAUGCUUUUUAUGUUAUUGAUAAUGCAAAGAAAGCAGUCGAAGCUAUGUGCCCUGGCGUGGUCUCCUGUGCUGAUAUUUUGGCUCUAGCUGCAAGAGAUGCUGUAGCUUUGUCUGGAGGUCCCAGUUGGGAUGUGCCCAAAGGAAGAAAGGAUGGAAGAAUUUCAAAGGCAACUGACACCAGGCAAUUGCCAGCUCCCACCUUUAACAUUUCCCAAUUACAGCAAAGCUUCUCUCAGAGAGGACUUUCCUUGGAAGAUCUAGUGGCUCUCUCAGGGGGUCACAGCCUUGGAUUCUCCCACUGUUCUUCCUUCCAGAACAGAAUCCACAACUUCAAUUCCAGUCUUGACAUCGACCCAACAAUGAACCCAUCAUUUGCAGCGAGUUUAAGGAACGUAUGUCCUAUGCACAACAAGGUUAAAAAUGCAGGUGCUACAUUGGAUUCGUCAACAACCAUAUUCGACAACGCUUACUACAAGCUACUUCUCGAAGGCAAGAGCAUUUUCUCUUCGGAUCAAGCCCUACUCACAACCCCAAAAACCAGAGCUCUAGUUUCCAAGUUUGCGCGCUCCCAGAAAGAGUUCGAAAAGGCCUUCGUAAAGUCCAUGAUCAGGAUGAGCAGUAUAAGUGGUGGACAAGAGAUUAGGCUAGACUGUAAGGUAGUUAAUUAGGUGAUGUUUGUUAUCCAUGAAAGAAUUCUAGCUAGCGUCUGUGAUUUCUUUGAAUUUAUAUUAUUUUUAAGGAGUCAGAUAUGUGAGUUUGUGGGAAUUUCAGGCCGUCGAAGUGGACGGCCGCAGGAUUGUAACAUUGUUUGUCUCUUCUGUGAUUGAUUGAUUGAAACCUGAAGGUUAAUUUGUUUUUAUUUUUC